AUGAAUUCUGAAUUGGUUCCGUUUCAAGCGAACCCACGACUCGCAGGGGAAAUUGGUUUGGGGCUAUCAGCCGUCUUGUGGCUUGUAGCAUCGUGGCGUCUAGUCUUCCAUUUGUUUGUGCGGAAACAAGAUGAUAGCGAAAAUGAUGUAGACGAAGAAUCUCCGACAAACGACCCAAUGUCAUCAAGUUGGUGCCAAUGCACUCCUUCAUCAUGGUUCACACGACGGAGAUCAUUUCAUACAUUGCUGUGGAUGUCUCAAACUAUUGAAAUAUUUGCGUACAUCAACAUAUCUGGUCUGCAUCCGUUGACAAAGACGCCAAGCUUUGCCGAAGAGCUUGGGUACAUAUUAUUGGAUGUGACAGGACGAUCAGUACUGGAACUCUUGUCAUUUGCAACCAUUACAGGGCUUUGGCUCAAGACUGCUCUAAGGUCAGGGCCAACAAGAGGCUUGGGUCAAGGACAUGACUUUCGGAUUCGACUGUUUCCAGCACUGUUCUUGGUCACCGUUCUUCUCCUAGUUGUAUUAUCUGCAUCCUUGUCGACGGUUGUCUCUUUAGAUGAUCGAUCUGGUAGUCUACAGAAGAUUCAGAACUCGGAUCUAUCAAGGAUUCAACUCUUGCUGGAAGCCGUUGCCUGGGGUCUUCACUCCCUAGUGGUUUUCGAAUGUUUAUUGUUGACGUGGAAGCGAAUAGAGACAGUGGUGGAGCCAUCUAGGGAGCGCAGAAUACUGCUUUGCAAAGCAGUUUUGCCAAUGUUGACAACGGCCGUGCUGUAUCUUAUCCGUUGUCUAUGGCUUGUUGGCAUUUACUUUCACAUUCGAGGAACACAACGUGGAUCUUGGUAUUGGUGGAUUGCCUUUCAGUGGUGCCCCACGUUACUUUCCGUCAGCAUGCUUCUCUACUCGGCACGAAAACGCGACCAAACGACAACAGGCCAGCUGCAGGAGCCCCUGCUUCGACCAGCAAGACCACCCGCUGAAGCCUUUCUUGCAUUCUCUAGGCACCGCAACGGCGAAGAUGUUGACGAUUCCUUUAUUCUGAACAGUCCAUCUGCAAGAGCGCUGAUAUCAGAAGUGGAAUCAAUAUCUGACGUUGGGAGUGUUGAAGACCUCGAAAGUCGAUCUUCUCGUAGUCAAGAAAACGAAAGGGCACCGCCCCCAACCGAAUCAUGCAUAAGAGCAAAUCUUCAACCAUCCAAGCGACAGAGUGAGAUGGAAGGACACGAAGAGCUCAAUACUGAGCUGCAACUUGCGCAAAUGACUGAGAAAUAA